CGCUCCUCCCGCGCGCGGCCCCUGGAGUCCCUGAGGCGCGCGGCCAGCCCAGCUCGGGCCCGCAGCACCGGUAGCAGCCCGGCGGCCAAGCGAGCGCGGGCCGGGCCGGGGCUGGGGCCGGGGCCUGGGGGCGCCGCCCCCGGGAGUCUUUCUGCGGCCCCUGAGGAGCGAGGGCGACGGCGACGGCGAGGCUGACCGGGGCCGAAACCAUGAACCGGAGUUUUCACAAGUCUCAGACCUUGCGAUUCUACGACUGCAGCGCGGUGGAAGUCAAGAGCAAGUUUGGGGCGGAAUUCCGAAGGUUCUCUCUGGACCGUCAUAAGCCUGGGAAGUUUGAAGAUUUCUACAAGCUGGUUGUGCACACCCACCAUAUCUCCAACAGUGAUGUAACUAUUGGCUACGCAGAUGUGCACGGAGACCUGCUGCCCAUCAACAAUGACGACAACUUCUGCAAGGCGGUUUCCAGUGCAAACCCCCUGCUCAGGGUCUUCAUCCAGAAACGAGAGGAGGCCGAGCGUGGCAGCCUCGGCGCGGGCUCGCUGUGCAGGCGGAGGCGGGCGCUGGGCGCGCUGCGUGACGAAGGACCCCGGCGGCGCGCACACCUGGACAUCGGCCUCCCGCGCGACUUCCGCCCCGUGUCGUCCAUCAUCGAUGUGGACCUGGUCCCCGAGACGCACCGGCGAGUGCGGCUGCACCGGCACGGCUGCGAGAAGCCGCUGGGCUUCUACAUCCGCGAUGGCGCCAGCGUGCGCGUGACCCCGCACGGGCUGGAGAAGGUGCCCGGCAUCUUCAUCUCGCGCAUGGUCCCCGGGGGCCUGGCGGAGAGCACCGGGCUGCUGGCUGUGAACGACGAGGUCCUGGAAGUGAACGGCAUCGAGGUGGCCGGGAAGACGCUGGACCAGGUCACGGACAUGAUGAUCGCCAACAGCCACAACCUCAUCGUCACCGUCAAGCCCGCCAACCAGCGCAACAACGUGGUGCGCGGCGGCCGCGCGCUGGGCAGCUCGGGACCCCCCUCGGACGGCACCGCGGGCCUCGUGGGUCCCCCCGCCCCGCGCGUCCUGCAGAACUUCCACCCCGACGAGGCGGAGAGCGACGAGGACAACGACGUGGUCAUCGAGGGCACGCUGGAGCCCGCACGCCCCGCCCAGGCCCCGGGCGCCCCCGCAGGCAGCCUCUCCCGGGUCAACGGCGCGGGCCUGGCGCAGCGGCUGCAGCGGGACCUGGCCCUGGACGGCGGCCUCCAGCGGCUGCUCAGCUCCCUGCGGGCCGACCCACGUCACAGCCUGGCCCUGCCACCGGGCGGCGUGGAGGAGCACGGGCCCGCGGUCACGCUCUAGACUCGAGAGGCCCCCAAAUCCUGGCUCCAGUUCCCGGGUUGUCGCAGCCGCGCACCUCCUGCUGCUUCUCCUUGUGGUCCAGCACCACCUGCUGGUCAGUGGCGGAACUGUCCUGACUUCGUGAACAUGGGACUGCUAAGAGGGAAAACUGCAUCUCAGCAUUUUCAUUUUUUCUGAAUAUUAAGUGAAAAGUAAGUUCUAUUUGUAAGAAAUAGCUUUUGCUGAGGAGUCGUGAAUUCCUGCACCUGUGUUUGGUGUUAUUUGUAUGCAAUGGAUUGCUGGUCCUUUGUUCCUAAGCACAGAGAAGACCAAAGAUGCUCCCCCGUGACCUCUCCUGUGAGGCUCCGCAUCUCCCCAGACUUGCUGUCUGAUGAAGGCCAUGUCGCUGGGUGCCCCAGCAGUCAGAAGCGGUUUCUGUGGAACUAAAACUAAUACUGUUACUCUCACAAAGGAAAUGUUCUUUUACUAAGUUAUUGCUGAUUCUUGAAUGUCUGUUAUAUAACUGGGUCUGCUAUCAAGAAGGAAGGUUAUAUUUCUUACCACUUUAAGUUGUUAAGCAAAUGUGUUUUUUAAAGAAAUGAUACUUUCACUGAGAUGUGUGCUAUUCAUAAUUUUAGGAAUUACUGCUUGGGACAGCUGCUUGAGUGUAUUUUUCUACACAGGUCUGUACUUCUGCCACUUUUUCCUUUUAAAAAAAAACAAAACUAUGUCAUAUUAUGUAUUAAAGUUUUCUUGGUUUUAUAUAUCAGAUAAUAAAAACUUUUUUGAGUAAACAAAACGUAUGAAUAUUUUUGCUGUGUACUAAGUGGAAGAGAAUACCAGAGAUCAAGUAAUCCCUCAAAAAGAGAAUGACAGAUUUAUCAUGUGCCUAUCAUGGGCCACCGUUUUUCACUGAAUCUGCACACAUUCUGAGGAAAGUAGAUGGGAAAAUGGACCUGAGCUCAGAUAGACGGAUGACAGUCCAGAACCCUCUUUCAAAGUCUUUUUGAAAAAGCUUUUCUGAAUAAUUUACACAGCAUGCAGCCCUUCCCAAGUAUGCCCUGGUUGGCACAGUUUUCAUUCACACUGUCGUUCUGGCAGCCACCAAGAUUCAAAUUACAAUUACAAAUUCAGUUCCUCAGCAAAUUACAGAUGUGAUCACACUGAGCACCAGCACCCCACUAGGAGCUUCACAAGUACUCGCCGCCUGCUGAGUCCACACAGCAACUCGGGACUGUGGGCAGCUGGACAGUGGACCCCCCCAGUCUGAUGAGGCAGGGUCAAGUGCCAACACUGGGUACACUCUCCAAAACUAAUGUCUGGUUUCAGAAACACAUGGCACAGGAUGAGAUACAAGGCUUAAGUGUAAGCAGAGGCCACAUGUACACCUGGCUGCCAGCCAGGUGUGGCCUCAGGCUUGGGUUUCCCUGACUUGAUAAUCCAGAUCAUAAACCCCAGAGCAUGCAGUGAUAUUGUGAAUUUAUUCACAAUUCUGUGAGGGUAUUUAAUAUUUGAUGGUUUCACAUAAAAUGAUUGCGAGUGGGAGUUUUGUGGCAAGGUGCAAAGGCAUCUAGAAAAUGCCAUGAUUGUUAUGAAAUCCAUUUUAGCGAAAAUCUAAAUUUUCCAACAGAAGGACAUGUAAGUUACCUGUACCUCUGUGGAAUGUUUUUAAAGGAUGCAAGUAUGAACCAAGUGUGAUAGGGUCAACUUUUGAUCCUUGCAUUUUAAGAGUUGGCACCAGUAUGAAGUUUUUUAUGGCAGCACUAAAACUCACAUGGCCUGAAUAGUUUAUUAAAAUGCUGGAAGGCUGUACUAAUGACCACCCAAAUGCACUAAAAUACUUACUGUGUACCAUCCCUACUGAAAGGAUGAACCUACUUAGCUGAUGUCCAGCUUGCCCUUUUCUGGAAAGGUAAGCUGCUCAGCGUGAGCUCAAGGACCUCCUGUUUCAAACAGACUGGAGGGUGAACCCUAGACCCCUCGAACAGCUUGUUUAAAGAGUACCUGCUGGCCAGGCACAGUGGCGCAUGCCUGUAUUCCCAGCACUUUGGGAGGCCAAGGCGGGCAGAUUGCCUGAAGUCAGGAGUUCGAG